AUGGAUAUGGAUAUGGAUAUGGAUAUGAUCAAAGUAGGGCCAAUGGGAGGAAAAACAACAGGAGGAAGUGUUUGGGAUGAAAAAGGUAAAGGUGAAAUUGCCAAGAUUUUUGUUACAAUGGUUGUUUUGGAUUAUCCAUCGGAAUUUCUUAUCGAAAUAAAAGGUACCUAUUACUCGAAUGGUUUGAGAUCGAUAACAUUUGUGACUAACAAAGAUACGUAUGGGCCAUAUGGCAGCGCAAGGCCCAUGACAGUCGACGGAGUGAUUGAUAUUCAAAUAGGAAAUGAUCGUUCUUUUGGUGGAUUUCACGGUCUCAAGCAAAAAACUCGCAUUGAGAGUAGUGGGCUCUAUUUGAAGCCCAUUACACCCUCCAUGAUCAAGCCCACUCCACUCACAAGGCCCAAAGGAAGAAGACCAAUUAAUCCUCAAUUUUGUUCAAUUACAAUUUAA